AUGAAUUGCAGCAAAUUGACAGAAGAUAGGAUCCUUGAGUUGGGAAUGGAGUUUAACAGUGAAAAGGAUAUGUACAAGUUUUACAACAAAUAUGCCUUUAAAAUGGGUUUUAGUAUACGCAAAAACUAUCUGAAUAAAGAUAAAGAUGGCGUGACCACGUCUAGGAGAUAUAGUUGCCACAAGGAAAGUGUGAAGUGCAAGUACGAAGGUGAUGUCUCAGAAUCGGAGCCGACAUCGAUUUCAUUUGAUGAACACAUGUUUAUGGGAUGCCGUUCAUCAAUUGACUCAGUUUCGGCGGAGCGUGCAACAAUUUCAACACACUGUAAUAAGGAUGCAUAUAAUGUAUUUUCACCAUCACCCCAGGAAAGAAAUAGCACCUUGGGAUUGCGACUAACUAUUGACAUCAACUCCCCUCAGUUGCAGGUUGAUGAAUGA